AUUCGCGCGUUUUGAGGUUUUUCUUAGGUUUGGAAUAUUUGUUUCACGAAAGUUAUCAUACGCUACGUGCCAACGUGAACGAGAUGGUGCGUACGGAAUCGAUAGUAACCUUGAACGCUUUCGUUCUACUGCUGCUAGUUGUGGUCACGUCUAAUUUUGCUGUUGGACAGUUUUCAGGACCAACGCUUGCCUGCGGAGGCACAUCGCUGUUAAAAACGACCACACUGAUCUCGCCGGCCCAGAUUGGUUCCAGCUGUACCUACACCAUACGCGCCAUUAAUUUUCGUGUCUGCCAGCUCCGCCUGGAUUUCAACUCGUUCAGUUUGGCGCCACCGACCAUCAGCCCGUAUCCGAUGUGCACCGUCGACACACUUUCGAUUCAGAAUUUGAAUUUCAAUUUGUGCGGUGAAAACAGCGGACAACACGUCUACGUUCCCUUCACCCCAACCCUGUCGGAUAUAACAUUGAGCAUCAACUUCAAGCUGGGAAGCCGAGAUGCGGGAGUGGCUGCACCCUACUGGAACAUUCGCGUCCAACAGCUGGAGUGCCCGGUCGGGGCAACCUUCGCAUCAAGGUCUGCCCUACGAGUUGAUCUACCGCCCCCGUUGACCAAGACCUUCCACAACGAUCUGGGAGUGCUCGCUCCGGCAGGCUGUCUACAGUACCACACCACUACGACCGGGGUCAUCAAGUCGUUCAACUUCAACAGCGGGGGUCCGUACAUCGGUGACAUGUAUUACGCCAUCUGCUUCCGAAGAUCUCGCACCAACACGGGACUGAAGCUACACGCGGAUGAGUUCGAUAUGGCUGCAGGUGAUGAAACCGGAUACGAUGGCUCGUGUUUUUCGAACAUUAAAACUCCCGGCCGAUCGGAAGAUUUCCUCCACAUUCCGGAAGGUGUCGUCGAGUUGGGUCAAACCGUACGUGCAACCCGAUUCUGUGGCCAAAGCAUCCACCAGAAGACAGUGCAAUCAUCAGCCCCUGGACCAUUUGUGCUGUACUUCAACAGUGACACCAUAUUCGGAGCCCAAGGAGCGCAGGAAACUGGCUUCCAGAUUACCUACGAGAUAGUGUAGAACGUGAACAGAACCAUUUAUCCUUAGUUGACAUGUCAGAAUUUAACGUAAAGAGCUCAAGACUAUAUGUAUACAAAUAAUAACGUAUUUCAAGCAUCAUGAAAACAGCAAAGUUUCACGGGUUUUCGUGUUUUCCAGUAGCCAGUUCUGGGAUGAAAACCGAGAACCAAUAAAAUCCGCCCGCCUGACCAUUCGAA